CAGCCUCUCGUGUUUCUUUCGUGUCACCGCCCGUUUCCGAAGGAUGUCAAGAGUCCAAUCGUCCUCGGCCACGGCCGGUCCCCCAAGGGCUGCGGCUUCUGAACCCCCGCCUCGGACCGCAUUAUUUCCUCAGGAAUCAAUAAUCUCAGGUUCUCUGCCAGCUUCAUUUACAAACAGGCACCAGUCAGUAGCAGCAUCGACGACGUCUCGGGGAUCGUCUGUCCCAGCUUUCACUCCUGAGUCGAGUCGCUCUCCAUCUAUCGUCAGAAGUGAUACCUUAUUUCCGGAACUAAGAUUGCCGAGCCGGGUGUCUCCAGAUGAGCCUAUACCUUCAAUUGAGACUGAGGCAUGGGCCGAGCCUCUAUUAUCUGGAGCGUCGAUUCCUGGUACCCCAACUACCUACACUCGCCCAGGGUUUGCCUCAUUAUCAACCUCUCCACUGACACCAGCUCCACACUCUCCACUCCCCUUUAGGGCCGCUGAUAGUCUCCCUGGGGAACAACAUCCAGCUCGAGAUUCCUUCGAGAUUGGAAGCAUCAGUGAUCGUCUGGAUCGGCUGGUUAUCGAACGCCUCGAUCGUACACCAGUAGAGAGAGGACUGUCUGAGAUUAGAGCCGCAUUGUCGAAUCUGUUCGACGAUGUUGGACGACGGAGUCCUCAACCAAGCAAUCCUACGCCUGCCUUCAGGCAAAGCUCCUUGAGCCCGCGCCCCCCUCGUCGAUCGCGGGGGCGUUCUGAAGCAACGCUGGUGUAUCAUGAAGUCAAGGACGAGGAGCUGCCAGAGAGUCGCUUCUACGACCCAGCGGUCCAAAGCGCCAUCAAGGACGCAAAGGCAUUGAUGACCCAGUUGGCAGGUGUUCUUGAAGAAAACCCUCUUCACACCAACCCCGAUUCAACAAUCAGACGACUACAUGGCCAAGCAAUGGAUCUGUCCCAAUUUGAAGGACCUUCGACGCGGACAGUUGGGUUUGUUGGAGAUUCCGGCGUUGGUAAAAGUAGCGUUUUGAACUCCCUUCUGGAUCAAAAGAACCUCGCUAGAACGAGCAAUAGCGGGGCCGCAUGCACCUGCGUUGUUACCGAGUAUCACCAUAAGGACGGGGAUGAUUUCGCCAUUGAUGUGGAAUUGUUCAGUCAGGAUGAUCUCAUGGAGCAGAUAAAGCAACUGCUUCAAUCCUAUCGAAUGUUUCAUCUGAACGCGGGAGAAUUAAGGAGAAAUGAUGGAGCGGCAGCAGUUGUCGAUUUUGAAGAGCAGGCCAACGUCGCUCGAGACACUUUUCGGUCCAUGUUUCGCGGUCAGCUGGCGAGCGAAGACUUCCUUAUCAAUGAGGAGGAAGUCACUGUCUUAAGAACCUUUCGUUCUUGGCUGCGAAGAAUGGACCUACCGCUCGAAGGAAGACAUGAAAAGCCUUCGCAGGAUAGUUGCGCUGCUUUCCUGAUGUAUCUGACGUCCGAGUCGGUAGAUACACGAACGCCAGCUGUUUGGCCUUUCGUCCGUAAAAUCAAGGUCUUCUUGUCAUCACAUAUUCUGAGUAAGGGUUUAAUCCUCGUCGAUCUUCCUGGACUGCGUGACUCCAACUCGGCACGGAGACUUAUCACUGAAAGAUAUUUGGUCGAAUGUGAUGAGAUUUUUACCAUAUGCAACAUUGGAAGGGCGACUACAGAUGUCGGUGUGCAAAGCGUCUUUGAACUUGCGCAGAAGGCAGGGUUAUCUAACGUUGGGAUCGUCUGCACAAAGUCCGAUGACAUUCGAGUUGAAGAAGCCAUGAAGGAUUGGCGCGGCCGACAUGCAAAUCGUAUCCAGGAACUGAGCAAUGCAGUCUCAACCACUCAGGCAAAGAUUGAAAAUAUCAAUCUUAGCCUAGCGGAAAUUGACGAGUUAGAGACGACGGAAAUGACAGACGAGGAACAAAGAGAAUCGAUUCAACUCCACAGCGAACAUAGGCGACUUAAUGCAGUUUUGAAGAAGAACUUAUUCGAGCUGAAAGAGUAUCUGAUCAAUACCCGCAACACUAUUGUCGACAGCCAACUCCAAACGACUUACAAGGACAAGAUUCCAGGCGGAAAUCUGGCUGUGUUCUGCGUUAGCAACAUCCUUUACUGGGAUGAACGACAUAAACCGAGAGACGUGGCCCUCCCAUCACUGCAGCUAAGUGGUAUCCUUGCUCUGCGAAAGCACUGCCUCGGCAUUAUUGCGGAUAGCCAGUUGAGUAUUGCCAAGAGAUAUAUCGAGAACGACAUUCCCGCUAUACUUGGGGAAGCUGCAUUGUGGGUUGAGUCUGGUGCAGGAAGCGCCGGUGCUGAACAAAAGCUCCAUAUUCGAGACACGCUGGAUUUGAUUGAGUCUCGGCUGAAGAGGGAAUUGACACGAAGGAACUCGGAUCUUAAUCUCGUUGGGACGUCGAUCAAAGAUGAGUUCAGGGUGCGAGUCUAUGAUAAUCGACGCAACAAUACAUGGAUGACUGCAGCGGCGAAUGCCGCCUUGGAAUGGCAUUCAUGGGCGCCUGGAACCUAUUCAGCGUUCUGUCGCAAUUUCGGGAACCAUCAUACCAAGAUUGCCGGGUGGCAUGAUUGGAAUCAGGAGUUGAUUUGCACCAUGGCUGGGGAUGUGACGCCUCAGUGGGAUUCGGUGUGCACUUUUUGCUGGGCCAGACUGGAGCAGGGCGGUCGUCUAAUCCAGAGCCAGAUGGACUGGGCACUGGAAUUUCUUGAAAAUGAGCUUGAGCUUUUUCCUGCAGUCACCGAUCUCCUCCAAGAAACUUUGAUAUGCCACAAGAAUAUCAUGGAGUCCCAAGUAGAGGAUCUUACCGACCAAAUCGGGGCUGACUUGAACUCGCUACGUAUUGACGCACUUACCGGCAUUCGGACGUCCAUACUUGGUCAAGCGAUGGAGGAUCCUUACAGGAGGUGCAACGCGGAAUAUGGAGGAGGAAGUGAUGGGAGACGUAAAAGAAUUAUCCGCAAUGCUGUUGGUCGCGUGGAUCUGUUUGAGAAGCACAUGAUUGAGUUCAAGAGCAGAAUGAGGCUUUUAGCGGAUAACGUACAGAUCGAGCUACAAGCUAUCGUCCGUGCUGGGUUGGCCGCGAUUACGUCGGUUCUUGACCUCAUCAGGCAUGACAAUGUUGCAACAGAAAGCGAGGAGAACCCCGAGUUGAGACGCCGCCUGGAACAGGAGGUCGUCACGAUCAAGGAACGGACGAGACGGAUCAUGGAUAUUAUGGAGUGAUUGAUUUACCGUGUGUGAAGAGAAGUACUUAUGAUUAUUAUUUCGGUUCAUCUGUCAAUGUCUGUGAUGAAAUAUGGGGAAGUGACUCGGUUCCAAAAAGUGCCUGAUGAUGUGUCUGUUCCGAUCUUUGAACGGAAAUAUGGCUCCAGACAUAACACAAUACUAAGGUCUAAAGCACCUACAAUUAUAUUUUGAGACUUAACGUCAGAGAGGAAAGCGAAGCCAGCCUCAGCGUAUGUCGAUGUGAUGGCAACUAAAGAGUACAUUAAGGAAAGGAGAAAUGGAAGAGCAGAAUAGAUGUAUGGUCCUUGGCUGCAUGGAAAUAUU